AUGGCCACCACAGCCACAUCCGCCUACCAUGUGGCGCAGUUAAUAGAUAAAAUGAUGUCAGUCGACAAGGACUAUCGUUUUAUGGCUGUAAAUGAUUUGAUGAGAGAACUACAGACGAACAAUAUGAGACUCGAUGAUGACUCUGAAAAGAAGGUUGUACGAAUGCUUAUCCGACUUUUGGAUGACAACAAUGGUGAAGUGCAGAAUUUAGCUGUUAAAUGUCUUGGUACUGUCACACAACGAGUCAAGGAAGCUCAAGCAGAAACACUGGUAGAUGCGUUGUGUUCGAUGAUGGUUGCUGGUUCGGAAUCACUGCGCGAUGUCAGUUCCAUUGCGCUUAAAACUGUGGUUGGACACCUGCCAGUGGCAAAUACCGUAUUCGUGACGAAUCUCAUGAAGCGACUAGUACCAAAAUUGAAUGCUGCACUGGAGCAGACAAAGCCGAAUGACUCAGUUCGCCUGGAGGUAGUCGAUGUUAUUGCAGACGUGCUCACACGCUUCGGUUCUCUCAUCACUUCUGUGCAUAAAGAGACGCAGAAAGUUCUUCUUGAUCAGCUCCUGCUCGAGCGACCUGCGCUGAAGAAGAAGUCCACUAUAGCUUUGGGUGCCAUGAUGGCUGUAUGCUCACAUGAUCUAUUCAAAGACACGAUGGAUGUUUUUGUGGAAAGGUUGUCUGAUGCGAAGGGCACCCAUUCAGUCCGUACAUACGUGGUUGCCCUGACUUGUGUGGCAAAAUCUAGUGGACCACGAUUUUCGGAAUACAUCCCGAGAGUUGCCCCGAAAAUUAUCGAACAAGUUGAAGCUGCUGAUGACGACGAGCUAAAAGAAGCGUUGCUACAGUCGUUGGAGACCUUCUUAUACCGAUGCCCAAGGGAAAUGGCUGCAUAUCAGGACCAAGUACUCAAGAUUGUCACCACCGACCUCACAUACGAUCCCAAUUACUCAUAUUCCGAUGACGAAGAAGAGCAGUCCAUGGAGAUUGGUGAUGGCGACACCGACGAAGACGAUGGGGAGGACUAUUCGGAUGAUGACGAUAUGAGCUGGAAAGUGCGUCGUGCGUCAGCGAAAACAAUUGAGGCCAUGAUUGUUUCACGACGAGAUCAGCUCUCGAAUUCUGUCCAGACACUGGGCCCGUUGUUGAUUUCACGUUUACGAGAAAGAGAAGAAAAUGUGAGGAUUGACAUCUACAAUGCCUACAUUGCAAUCCUUUCGCAAGCUCGUCUUGUUGUG